AUGGAGUCAGCGCUCUUAAAUUGGGAUAAGAUACCAUUUUUAUUCAUGUUCAUGCUAAGUAUUCAAUUCAAUACUGAAGCAUACUCAGUGUAUAACAGUAACUCUUCGAAAAAUUCAUCAUCAUCAACUUCAGGUUUCAGUAAGUUAGCAUGUUCAAGGACGUUUCUUACACAUGCUAUUAAUACUAUAGAUACCAAAUUAUCUUUUACCUCUGAAAAUGUAACCAAAAUAGCCAUCUCAUCAAAUCAUCAGUCAAUAAAUAUAGUGAGAUCAACUGAAAAUCGGACAAAAAUAACAUCUACAAUAACGAGUUCACACAAUACAUUCGACAAUGGUUCUGUAAAGGCAAAGAAGUAUGGCCAAGGAACGAAAAAUACAAUCAUACCAACGUUAAUGCCGACGAAUAACGCAAUUAAUAGUACAACGGAACAAUCUACAUACGCAACGACUUUGGUAAAUAAUUUGCCAUUGGUUUCAAACGAUACAUUGUAUGCAUCCAAUUCGUUUCAAAAUGUUGGAUUUGAUGUUUUAGAAAAUAGAACAACAACUGAAAGAAAAUUAACAGCAGAUAUGGACAAACAUCAUGAGUUAAUUAAUACUAGUACAACGCUUAACGAUUUAAUUUCAACAUCAGUGGAUUUAUUUAAUAGUAGUCAAACAAAUCAGUUCAAUAUAUUUUCAGUACUAAAUGAAACAGCAUCAAUAAUCUCAUCUGUGACUCGACAACUUAAUAGAACUAGCAUGUUUUCACUUUGGUAUAAGCGUGUUUCUGCACAAUUUACAAAAACGUCUCCAAUGUCCAUAGACAAAAUUAAUGAUGCCAGUACUUCUCCGAGAAAAACCACUAUAAAAAGCCCGUAUAUUACCAUGCUGCCAGCCUGGGACCCUGUCGUUAGUGACUUGGUCAACGCCAGUGAAACAAUAAAUACAUCUUUAGUUACAUCAUCCAGCAAAAUGAAUACCCUAUCAUUAUCAAAUUCUAUAGUUACAUCAUAUAUUAACAGUCCACCUAACAGCGGCCCGAAGAGUAGUCUGAAGCAACUUUUUAAUGUUAAAAAAGGAAUUGAACAUACCACAUUACUACAGCUUCGAUUAUCAUCUAUAGCUCAAAAACAGACAUCUACUGCUAACUUCUCAAAAACUGAAAAAGCCCACAAUAUACUAGAUAAACGUUUCCCUGCAUCUUUACGUCGUAUCAAAAGAGAUGUUUUACUUCAGUCAUCAUCGCCUCAAGAACCUUCGCCUCCAUUAUCCUCUACGAUAAAUGCUGUUUCACAGCAAACAACAUCGACAAAUUUAUCAUAUGAAAGCCAAGUGAAUCAACUAUAUACCACCCAAAUUCCGGGCUCUCCCACUGGGGUAACAUCAGACGUAUUAUUUGCAAAAGUAGAGAGCAGUUCUAAUCACAGUUCUAACAGUACACCAGCGACUGGUGUUUCUGCGGAAAGUGCAAUACCAACAAUUUCCAGUAUUCCGGAAAGACCUGUUUACACUUCGGCUUCUAUUCCAUUAGCGAUGAACACAAUAGGCGCAGCCAAUGCACCAUCUUCGAUCGCAUCACCAUCAAUUGGUCUUUCCAAUCAAAUGACAUCGGGGCAGCUAAGCAGCACACUGCAGCCUUAUAUCAAUUCCAUGAAUCCCGCAACCUCCAAAACAGCCGUAUUGCCGGUGAACACUCCUGUUUUGCUGAAGACAGUGACCAGUGGUGUUUCAGAGGAGAGUGCAGCACCAGCAAUUUCCGGUAGUCCCGUUGGACCUGUUUACACUUCGGCUUCUAUUCCAUUAGGGAUGAACACAAUAGGCGCAGCCAAUGCACCAUCUUCGAUCGCGUCACCAUCAAUUGGUCUUUCCAAUCAAAUGACAUCGGGUCAGCUAAGCAGCACACUGCAGCCUUAUAUCAAUUCCGUGAAUCCCGCAACCUCCAAAACAACCGUAUUGCCGGUGAACACUCCUGUUUUGGUGAAGACAGUGACCAGUGGUGUUUCAGCGGAGAGUGCAGCACCGGCAAUUUCCGGUAGUCCUGUUGUAUCUCUUUACACUUCGGCUUCUAUUCCAUUAGGGAUGAACACAAUAGGCGCAGCCAAUGCACCAUCUUCGAUCGCGUCACCAUCAAUUGGUCUUUCGAAUCAAAUGACAUCGGGACAGCUAAGCAGCACACUGCAGCCUUAUAUCAAUUCCAUGAAUCCCGCAACCUCGAAAACAGCCGUAUUGCCGGUGAACACUGCUGUUUUGCUGAAGACAGUGACCAGUGGUGUUUCAGCGGAGAGUGCAGCACCAGCAAUUUCCGGUAAUACCGUUGGACCUGUUUACACUUCGGC